UCUCUCUCGGAGCUCACACUCCUCUCUCUCAUCCGCUAGCCGCCUCUCCUCCUUUUUACGUUUCACAUCAACCUCUUGAAGUUUCUCAUUCCGGAUCUUUAGUGGCAGUGUUUAAGCGUGUGUGUGUGUGCGUGUGUGUGUGUGUGUGUGUGUGUGUGUGAGUGUGUGUGUGUGUGUGUCUGUGUGUGAGAGUGUGGUUUCCAGCAUGGAAGCAGUGGCACUGUACACGUUUCAUGCCACUGAGGGCGAUGAACUCAGUUUCAACAAAGGAGAAUUACUCAAGAUCACCAACAUGGAGGAUGAUCCCAACUGGUACACAGCUGAGCUCCACAACAGGAGAGGCUUUGUGCCCAAAAACUACAUUAACCUGCGGCCACAUGCGUGGUUUGCGGGCCGUGUGUCUCGAGGCGUGGCGGAGAGUCGACUGAGACACAGAGAGUGUGGAGCCUUCCUGGUGCGAGAGAGUGAGAGUGCACCUGGGGAGUUUUCCAUGUCCGUCAGUUAUGGCGAACACGUCCAGCACUUCAAGGUGCUGCAGGACCGCUGCAGUCAGUUCUACGUGUGGGACGAGCUCUUCUCCUCCCUCAACCAGCUGGUGGACUUCUACCAUAGCAACAGCAUCGCUAAGGAGAGGACCGUCUUUCUGCGAGACCCAGAACACUUUGCCAGACGUCCUCACCACGCCCACGCUCUCUUCGACUUCAACCCUCACCACCCCGCGCAGCUCCGCUUCCUGCGGGGCGACGUCAUCGAGCUCAUCGACUGCUCCGACGCGCUGCGUUGGAGGGGCCGUUGCCAUGGACACGUGGGCUACUUCCCGCCGGAGUACGUCCAGCCCGUUUACCAGUGCCAGUGAACCCACCACUACCACCACCGCCGCCGCCCCUCGUUAUUUCCGGAACAGAUGCUUGAUCGACGUGUCGCGCAAUCACUGGCAGACUUCCUGUUCACCACUUCCUGUGCAGAACUACCACAACCCUCAAACAUGUUAACAACCCUGGUGCACACUAGUCCACGUGAUGAUGCAAUCAGCCCACCCCCUCGCACAUUUCUCGCGCCAAGUGGACGGACACAAGUACCGCUGUGUCGUAUUUGGGCCUAAAGAUGAACUGACACAGCAGAUUUGUGUGUAUUUGACGUGCACUAAUGAGGACCGUGUCGCGUGUAAACACUCCCUUUAAUUGCAGAGGACCACUGCCCGCUUUCGUGCAUAUUUAGCAGGACUUUGUAAAAAUAGUUAUUGGCCUUUUUGCAGUUUUAAAUGUUUCAUGCUUCGGUUUCCUCCUAAAUGGUGUCAAAAACACAUUGCGUGGGGCAGGAGGGGAACUCCUACUUUGGGGCCCGAACUGGGGUGUCCAAACUGGGCCGCACGCUCACUUAUAGCAUGCGGGGACCAUUUUCAUAUUUUUACAUUUUCAAUAACAAUACAUUAUAAAGAUUGUUUUUAACCUUUAAGGCUCUCUUCAAGUUUGAUCCCAUGCAUAAAAAAAGUUUAAAAAUAAGUCUUUUUUUUUCACCACUUAAAUUUAGAGAUUAACUUCAGGUCUGUUUGUUAUACAUUUUUUUAUGUGUUAUGCUAUUUUUGUCAAAACCCUGUUUUAAUGGGAAACAACACAAAAUAGGCAAUAUUUUCCCCUAUAAGAUUUUCAGAUUGUCAUGGAGCCAAAAUGAUCCCACUCAUAAAAGUGUUAAAAACAAGUCAUUUAUGUUUUUUUGUUUUUUUUUUUACUUUCAAGUUUACUUUUAAGUCCCUCGAUCAACUUCAGAUCUAUCCGUCCAUUAUAAUUUAUAAUUUUUUCAUGUUUUGGUUUUUCGGGGGGUUUUUGCCACAAAAAAUGUAAUAUUUUCCCCCCAAAAGUGAAAUAUUUGAUGUGAAAUAAUUGAAGCCGUAAAUAAACCAAUAAUUCAUAACAACAUGGAUUUUAAUGCAUUAUUAUUUUGAGCAAAGACAGUUAGAAAAAAAAUCCCACUAAGAUUGUCAGGGUGCCAAAAGGUCCCACUCAUAAAAGUGUUAAAAAUAAGUAAUUUAGUCUCUCGAUCAACUUCUGAUCUAUCCGUCGUUUAUAAGUUAUUAUUUUUUCAUGUUUUUGUUUUUCAUUUGUAUUUAUUUGGCACAAAAAAGGCAACAAUUUCCUCCCAAAAGUGGAAUAUUUGAUGUGAAUUAAUUGGAACUGUAAAUAAACCAAUAAUUCAUAACAACAUUGAUUUUAAUCCAUUAUUAACAGUUAUUAUUACCGUUUUAACAAAAAAAACCCCACUAAGAUUGUCAAGGAGCCAAAAGGUCCUACUAAUAAAAGUGUUAAAAAUAAGUCUUUUUUUAUUUUUAUUUUCAAGGCUUUAGUCUCGUGAUUAACUUCCGAUUUAUCUGUCGAUUAUAAGUUGUUGUUUUUUCAUUGUUUUAUGUCUUUUUUGUCAAAGAAAACAUUGUUUUUAUUUGACACAUAAAAUGCAAUAUUUUCCCCCAAAAAGUGGAAUAUUUGAUGUGAAUUAACUGGAGCCGUAAAUAAACCAAUAAUUCAUAACAACAUGGAAUUUAAUGCAUUAUUAUUUUGAGCAAAGACAGUUAGAAAAAAAAUCCCACUAAGAUUGUCAGGGAGCCAAAAGAGCCCCAUUCAUAAAAGUGUUAAAAAUUUAGUCUCUCGAUCAACUUCUGAUCUAUCCGUCGUUUAUAAGUUAUUAUUUUUUCAUGUUUUUGUUUUUCAUUGUUAUUUAUUUGGCACAAAAAAGGCAAUAUUUUCCCCCCAAAAGUGGAAUAUUUGAUGUGAAUUAAUUGGAGCCGUAAAUAAACCAAUAAUUCAUAACAACAUUUAUUUUAAUGCAUUAUUAACAGUUAUUAUUACAGUUUUAACAAAAAAACCCACUAAGAUUGUCAAGGAGCCAGAAAUUCCCACUAAUAAAAGUGUUAAAAAUAAGUAAUUUGUUAUUUUUAACUUUCAAGGCUUUAGUCUCGUGAUUCACUUUAGAUUUAUCCGUCAAUUAUAAAUUAUUAUUUUUUUAAUAUUUUUGUUUCAUGCUUUUUUUUGUCAAAGUAAAAAAUAGUUUUAUUUGGCGCAAAAAAUGCAAUAUUCACCCCCAAAAAGUGUAAUAUUUGAUGUGAUGUAAUUGGAGCCGUAAAUAAACCAAUAAUUCAUAAUAACAUGGAUUUUAAUGCAUUAUUAUUUUUUGAGCAAUGACAGUUUAAAAAAAAUCCCACUCAAAUUGUCAGGGUGCCAAAAGGUCCCACUCAUAAAAGUGUUAAAAAUAAUUAAUUUAUGUUUGUUUGUUUUUACUUUCAAGGCUUUAGUCUCUUGACCAACUUUAGAUCUCUACGUCAAUUAUACGUUAUUAUUUUUUCAUGUUUUUGUUUUUCAUUGUUAUUUAUUUGGCACAAAAAAUGCAAUAUUAUCCCCCCAAAAGUGGAAUAUUUGAUGUGAAGUAAUUGGAGCCGUAAAUAAACCAAUAAUUCAUUACAACGUUGAUUUUAAUGCAUUAUUAACAGUUAUUAUUACAGUUUUAACAAAAAACCCCCACUAAGAUUGUCAAGGAGCCAAAAGGUCCCACUAGUAAAAGUAUUAAAAAUAAGUAAUUUGUUAUUUUUAACUUUCAAGGCUUUAGUCUCGUGAUUCACUUUAGAUUUAUCCGUCAAUUAUAAAUGAUUAUUUUUUCAUAUUUUUGUUUCAUGCUUUUUUUUGUCAAAGAAAAAAAUGGUUUUAUUUGGCGCAAACAAUGCGAUAUUUACCCCCAAAAAGUGUAAUAUUUGAUGUGAUGUAAUUGGAGCCGUAAAUAACCAAUAAUUCAUAACAACAUGGAUUUUAAGGCAUUAUUCCUUUUUGAGCAAUGACCGUUUAAAAAACUAAAUCCCACUAAGAUUGUCAGGGUGCCAAAAGGUCCCACUCAUAUUAGUAAUUCAUAUUUGUUUGUUUUUACUUUCAAGGCUUUAGUCUCUCGACCAACUUUAGAUCUCUACGUCAAUUAUACGUUAUUAUUUUUUCAUGUUUUUGUUUUUCAUUGUUAUUUAUUUGGCACAAAAAAUGCAAUAUUAUCCCCCCAAAAGUGGAAUAUUUGAUGUGAAGUAAUUGGAGUCGUAAAUAAACCAAUAAUUCAUAACAACAUGGAUUUUAAUGCAUUAUUAGAGUUUUAACAAAAAAAAAAAUCCCACUAAGAUUCUCAGGGAGCCAAAAGGUCCCACUAAUAAAAGUGUUAAAAAUAAGUCACACAUGUUUUUUUUUGUUUUUUUACUUUCAAGACUUUAGUCUCUCGAUCAACUUCAGAUCUAUCCGUCAAUUGCAAUUUAUGUUUUCAUAUUUUUAUUUUGUAAACAUUGUUUUUAUUUGGCACAAAACAUGCAAUAUUUCCCUACAAAGUGGAAUAUUUGAUGUGAAGUAAUUAUUUGCCAAUAAUUCAUAACAUGGAUUUUUAAUGCAUUAUUAUUUUUUGAGCAAUGACAACUCUGAAGAAAAUAAAACACAGCCUGCAUGGAGUCAACAGAACUAAAUAGAGUCAAAGUUGCAACUUUUUCUUGUUACAUUCCAACUGUUUAGUCCACUUUUUAUAGUUUUUUUGAUAGUAUUUUUAGAAUGUGCUGCAGGCCCUCAAAAAACAACCGGUCCCCAGGUCCCACUUUGGACACCCCUGAUUGAAAGUGUAAAAGAGACAUGGCAGUCUUGAAGCGUUUAUGUGUGUAAUCUUCUAUUUUAAGUAUGCAGGUAAUGGAAGAAUGUGAGUGACUAUUGCUCCACAUCAUCUACCCUAUUUAAAGACACUUGUAUUUACCAGUUAUUGAAAUAAAGUCUGCAAACUUU